UUACGUGCAUGAAAAAUUUUGUUCCGACCGUUGAGACGGUCUCCGAGUGGAAAUUGGAAUGAAAACUUCAAAUUGUUUAGCAAAUAAAGUAUUUUGUUUCACUGGAGAGUAUAUACAAUUUAUAUUGAGUUCAUAGCAAAAUGAAUAUAUUUCAAAAGGGUUUACUGGAUAAGAGAAGAGCAACUCUUAGUCAACUGGACAGUGAUGAAGAAGAACCGGACUUUACUAAUGGUAAUUAUACGAUGGAACUCUGUACAGAUGUCUCCAUCGACGACGACUGUGUACCGUUGGACAAGUGUUAUAAACCCGACGAUCUUUACCCGAAAGCACGCAAUCCCGACUACAUACCAUCUUGGCCUCUCGAAUUAUAUCACCCGAUAUAUGUUGGAAACUUUAAGAUCCUUGCAUGGGAUCAACAUGUUUGGUACAAACAAGUUUCUGAAUACUUUGCCUACAAAGGAUUGCUCACCAGGAUGGUGUACUUCCCACAGCUUUCGGGAGAUCCUUUCGUAAGGUUUCAGGAGGCUAACCGGUUGAUAGACAUGCUUGUUUAUUUUGCUUCUCCCGGUAAUGCACGUAAAGCGAUUGAAUGUUGCCAUGGUGAUUCGUACUACGGACAUAAACUAAACGUACUUUCAGGACGCAGGCCGUUAUAUUUCGAUAGCCUUAGAUCUGUAAAAAUAUGUUUGCCAGAUAAAAUAACGAAUUGUGACUCUGAAACCUUCAUUGAAAAUGCGCUGUCUGAAUUUGGAAAAGUGGUGUAUGUAAUGAAGUGUUCGGUACAGAAAGCAUUCGUAGAAUUUUCCACAAAAAAGUCAAUGUUGAAUGCUAUUGCCAAACAAACUUCAUACACACCGGUCAGAAUAAAAAAGAAACAGGUUAUGAAACAGCGAAUAAUUGAAUUUGAAGCCAUGAAACAUAUCAUGUCGAUAAUGAAAAUUUAUCCUCUUUUCAUGGAGAUGAAACCGGAACCAGAAACACUUCAGUAUCUUAUCGAAGGCAAACGGCCUUUGAUUGAUAUGUCAUGGAAGAAUCAUGAUGUUCCCGUACCUUCCGAAAAUGCAAAAAUUUACCAGGAAACAAAACAACUGAUUGAUCGAAGAAAAAUACAAAGGAGAUUGAUAUCUAGAGCUAAAAAUCUAAGCCUAGGAAAUCAAAAUUCUGUUCAGUCGAGUCCUUCGACUUCAGGACAGCCUAUUGCAAAUUCUACCAUGAAAAAGAUACCGCUAACGACCCAAGAAAUAAUAAAACAAAACAAAAAACGAUUUCUCGAUAAGAUCCGCACAAAAAAGCAGGCUAACGCAAUUGCCAACAAAAAGAAAAAGCAAAAGAAAUUCAAAAUUAAGAAUAAAUAUUUAAAGUAUUUGACAAUAUAAAAUUUGCCAAUCAAAAAUAUUUCGGCAGUCUGAAAAUGUCGAGAAAAUGUAUAACCAAUAAUAACAUAGCAUUGGAACUCUUCUUUGA